GACAAUUAUCUUAACCAAAAGUAAGGUUAUGAUUUUGGUCUACAUAGCUUUUUACUAAAAUGUUUCAUGCAUAACUAUAUACGCUAAAAGUACAUUAAUGUUGCAAAUCUCUAUAUUUUAAGUAACACAUUUGUUGGAUCAGUAUUUUCUGAUGGAUUUAUUUAUUAUUAAUAGGUAUAAUGGAGAAAAUAUUGACGAAGAUCUUAUUGAUAGAGAAACAAAACAUCUUCAGAGGUUAAAGCAAAAAAUUGAAGAGAGAAAGAAAACACAUGAAAAACAAAAGGUGUUAAAUGUCAUAACUCUAAAGCAGGAUGAAGAAAAAGUUUUAGACUCUAAAAACCAAGUACAUGUAGAAAAAAUUGUUUCUGUUGAUCUUGAAGAUGGUAAUAAAAAUUUACCUGAUGAAAAUAAGACAGAAAAAAGGAAGAAAGGUGCAAAUGAUAAAGGCAGUGAAUUCAAAGUUCUUGGUUUAAAUGACUUUGAGAAAAAGUCUCAGGUACAACGAGUAUUACCACAUUGGCUUUCUCAUCCCUACAGUGUUUCAAAAAGCCUUCAGAAUUUAAAUUGUAAGGUAGAAGAUCAAACUUGGUUAACCAGCAUAUUGAAGACAACACUUCUCAGUGAAGGUGUAACUCACCUAUUUCCUGUUCAAGAACAAGUUAUACCAUUUAUAUUGAAUGAACAUAAACUACCAUAUCCUUUAUGGCCUCAUGAUAUUUGUGUUUCUGCACCUACUGGUAGUGGAAAAACCUUAACAUUUGUUUUACCAAUUAUUCAGGUAUUAAUGAAUCAACUUGGACAUUACAUAAGAGCACUUAUUGUUUUACCAGUACAAGAGUUAGCAGUACAAGUUUUUAAAGUAUGUAAAAAGUACUGCACUAACACAGGUUUACGGACAGCUUUGUUGACUGGUUCAACACCUUUGCAGCAGGAGCAACAACAACUUAUGAAAUAUACAGAGUCAUCUGGGUGGGUCAGUGAAGUUGACAUCAUUGUGUGCACAGCAGGGAGAUUAGUAGAGCAUUUGCAAAACACUGAAGGAUUCUCUUUGAAACAUUUGAAAUUCCUAGUUAUAGAUGAGGCUGAUAGGAUCAUGGACAACAUACAGAAUGACUGGCUGUAUCACAUGGAUAGACAUAUAAGACAUGAACAUGAAUUAAAAACAAAUAAAGUUCCACAUUUAAAUUGGAAUAGUAUAAGUGAUCAAAAAUCAUUACCUCACAAGUUACUUUUUUCUGCAACUUUAACACCUGAUCCCGAACUAUUAGAGCAAUGGGGAUUAUUCCAGCCGAAACUUUUCUCUGUUGCACCGAUUUCAGAUUUUGAUGGAGGUAGUUUGAUAAAAAAGUAUACAACACCAGAUGAAUUAAUAGAAAAUUAUGUGGUAUGUAAUGCUGAAGAAAAACCACUUAUUUUAUUCCAUCUACUAGUAGAAAAGAAAUGGGAUAAGGUGCUUUGUUUUACUAAUUCAGCUCAAUCAGUACACAGAUUAGCUGUUCUUCUCAAUGAAUGGGGAAAAGAACAAUGUCUUAAAGUAUCCGAGUUAUCAUCAGCAUUAGACAGAGUAUCAAGAGAAAAAGUGCUUGAUAAAUUUAAACAAUCCGAAGUUAAUGUAAUUAUAAGCACUGAUGCUUUAGCAAGAGGAAUUGAUAUUCCCGAUUGUAACUAUGUUAUAUCAUAUGACCCACCAAGGAAUAUAAAAACGUAUGUUCAUAGAGUUGGUAGAACAGGAAGAGCAGGUAGAAUAGGCCAAGCAGUGACAAUUUUAACUCAUAAUCAAUUAAAUGUGUUUAAGGAACAAAUACAGUCUAGUGGGAAAAGUGAAAUAAAACAAUUGGAAAUAUCAGAAGAAUCAUAUAGACAUUUGUUGCAAAGUUAUGAAUCUGCAAUUCAUGGAACAAAACAAAUCAUUCAUACCGAAAUAAAUAACAAAGUGAAAAAGUCUAUUGAGUUAAAAAGAGGAAUGAAGAAAAAAUCAAGGAAGCGAAAACAUAACGAAUAACAUAAAAAUUAAUAGAAAAAAAAUAUUUUAUUAAU